ACUGCGAGUACUCUUGCAUCAUUUCUUCAGAGCAGACUCAUCUACCUCGUUUCUUUCCACGAGUUACUCAUUCUUGGAAAUCAUCAAGAACACCAUCUCAAGGGGCCAAGUGCUCCCCACGUUUCCUCCACCCCUCUAUUGCUCCCUGCACACUUUCUAUUACUCUUUCUCGGUAACAUCAACAGUGGAGAGUAUUGCACAGCAAUUUGUCACCAGUAGCAGUGAUCAGCGAUAUGCGUCGCGAAUGCUUUGUCACAAUUGGAGCUACAGCCAAAUUUGAGGAUUUAGUAGCAGCUGCAGUCUCUGAACAAACACUUACCAAACUCAAGGAACUUGGGUACACACAUCUAACUGUCCAAGUUGGAGAUUUAGAGGACUACUUCAAGCGAAUCAGACUUCAAGACACAAAGGGCAUUAUUGUCAACCACUUUAAUUUUGACAAAGAUGGUUUGGCGCAUUACAUGAAGAAGUGCAGAGCCAAUCCUGGUCCUGAUGGAGGUUCAAUUAAUGGGCUUACUCCUUCAGAGGAGGGCCUCAUCAUUUGUCACGCUGGUAUGUUAAGCUCUGUUUUUUUAUUGUUAAUCUUCUAAUUUUUAUACCAGGAUCAGGAACAAUUUUGGAUGGCAUGCGAUUUGGCGUCCCUCUUGUUGUGGUACCAAAUGACUCCCUUCUGGACAACCACCAAGAUGAAUUGGCGGAUGAACUAGAAGCACAGGGCUAUGUCACAAAAGGCUCUCCCGAGUAAGCAUAUGAACCACCUUCAUAACAUUCAGUAGAUACGCCAGAUAUCCCAGGACCUUUCUUCUUUUCCUUCUCAUACGUCCUAAUGUCACAGGUUAAUAUAUUCAAUAACAAUUUUCUAACUGUUUCUAGGAAUCUCGCUGAAGCCAUUGAUAGAGCCACUAUGAGAUCACGAAGACCUUGGGGUCAUUCCAGCUCAAAGAGAGGUAACUUCGCUGCGCUUGUUGAUGGGACAACUCCAUGGAAUCUUCAGGAGGAUGACGCAAAGAGUCGUUAUGAUUAAGUACAUGUACCGUUCUUGGGGGCGUUUUAUUGGAGUUCUGGGCAACUUGGGUACCUGGAUUUGGUAUUUGGGUAGUGGAUGGAUAUGAUACCCAGCGUUUGAUGGAGUGAAGGUACGAACUCUUCUGUCAUGCUUUGUAAGGGAUUUAUGGAUACAACAGCGACUGAUCA